CUGUUCCUCGCUCUCUCUACCUCUUUCUAUAUGCUUUCCUCAAACUGAGUUGUCGAUCUCGCUAGGGUUUUGUGAUUCUUUGAUCAGAAAGAACUAAAAUCUGCAGUUUUGGCUAUAGUAUUUGAUCGAUUUUGUGUCUUGGGUUGUAAAAUUUCUUUCAAUUUCAGCGGAUUUCUGUUCUUCUGGGUUGGAAUUAAAGAUCGAGAGAGAGGUUGAAAUUGAAGAUUUGAGUUUUCGGUAAUCUUAAGCAAAAAUGUUUGGUCGGGCGCCCAAGAAGAGCGAUAACACUAAGUACUAUGAGAUCCUGGGUGUAUCAAAAAAUGCUUCACAGGAUGAUCUGAAGAAGGCUUACAAGAAGGCAGCCAUCAAAAACCAUCCCGACAAAGGUGGAGACCCUGAGAAGUUCAAGGAAUUGGCUCAAGCAUAUGAGGUUUUGAGCGAUCCUGAGAAGCGUGAAAUCUAUGAUGAAUAUGGAGAGGAUGCGCUCAAGGAAGGAAUGGGUGGAGGAGCAGGUGCCCAUGACCCAUUUGACAUAUUCCAGUCAUUCUUUGGUGGCAGCCCGUUUGGAGGUGGUGGAAGCAGCAGAGGCCGAAGACAGAGAAGGGGUGAGGAUGUUAUCCAUCCCCUCAAAGUCUCUCUGGAGGAUCUGUACAGUGGAACUUCCAAGAAGCUUUCUCUCUCCAGGAAUGUGAUAUGCUCCAAGUGUAAGGGUAAAGGGUCGAAAUCUGGUGCUUCCAUGAAAUGUUCUGGUUGUCAAGGAUCUGGUAUGAAGGUGUCAAUCAGACAACUUGGUCCCGGUAUGAUCCAGCAGAUGCAGCACGCUUGUAAUGAGUGUAAGGGCACAGGGGAGACCAUCAAUGACAAGGACCGAUGCCCUCAGUGUAAAGGUGAGAAGGUUGUACAGGAGAAGAAGGUGAUGGAUGUCAUUGUUGAGAAGGGAAUGCAAAAUGGACAGAAGAUUACUUUCCCAGGGGAAGCAGAUGAAGCGCCUGAUACCAUAACAGGAGACAUAGUCUUUGUUCUACAGCAGAAGGAGCAUCCUAAGUUCAAGAGAAAGGGGGAUGACCUGUUCUAUGAGCACACAUUGUCCCUCACUGAAGCUCUUUGUGGGUUCCACUUUAUAUUGACUCACUUGGAUGGUAGGCAGCUCCUCAUAAAAUCUAACCCUGGAGAAAUUGUCAAACCAGAUCAAUUCAAGGCGAUAAACGAAGAGGGUAUGCCGAUGUACCAAAGGCCUUUUAUGAAGGGCAAACUGUAUAUCCACUUUACAGUGGAGUUCCCUGAUUCCUUGACACCUGAACAAUGCAAGGCACUAGAGGCUGUUCUCCCACUAAGAACAUCAAUAGAGCUAACGGACAUGGAGCUGGAUGAGUGUGAGGAGACUACUUUGCAUGAUGUCAACAUUGAGGAUGAGAUGCGGAGGAAGCAGGCACAGGCCCAGGCUCAAGAGGCCUAUGAAGAAGAUGAGGACUUACAUGGUGGUGGUCCACAAAGGGUCCAGUGUGCUCAACAGUGAUUGAAAUGUUGCAAUGUUAGUUAUAGAAUUGAACCAAUUGGAGGAAGAAGGUAGGAACUAAGCAAGAACUGUUGAAGUGGAUGGUGACAACAGAAUUAAACCAAUUGUUGGAAAGCUUUCAGAUUUGGAAUAUAACUCAGAAUGGGUUAUACAUAAAUGAAAAUGAUGAUGAUGAUAAAAUUUAGGGCAAAUUUUGUGUUCUGAACUAUAAUUUUGCUUCUGUUGUUAUUGAUUCCUAAGUUAAAAGUGAUUUUCUGAGGGUACCUCCUGCUAACUUUUGUGAUGGGUAUCUAAUAUCUGUUCUUUCUGUUCUGCUUCUGUUGUGUGUAGUAUUCAAGAUUUGCCCUUUGUAUGGAUAUAGCUUUAGAAUUGCUUUGUGCCC